AUGAUCAUCAGCUUAGUCGGCUUCCUACCCUCGAUCGGCCUCGUCUUUCUGGCGCUGCUGCUCCUCUACUAUCUAAGCACGCGCAAGCCCAGCGACUUUCCACCGGGUCCGGCAUGGCUGCCGGUCCUCGGCGCCGCCCUGGAGAUCGACGAGCUGCGCAAAAAGACCGGAUACUUCAGCGAGGCUUGCAACGCCCUCGGGGCCAAGUACGGGUCGGUGAUCGGCCUCAAGAUCGGCGUCGACAAGGUCAUCAUACUCAACGACUUCAAGAGCAUGAAGGCCAUGGCGGCAAACGACGCGUGCGACGGCCGACCAGUGGGUCCCGUCUACGAGACCCGGACCUUCGGCAAGCGUCGGGGCCUCCUGGUGGUCGACGGCAAUCUCUGGGUGCAGCAGCGCCGCUUCAUCCUGCGCCAUCUGCGCGAGUUCGGCUGGGGUCGCACCGACAUGGCCAUACAGAUCGAGCACGAGGCCUCGCAGCUCGUGCAGUACUACGGGCGCCUGAUCGACACCAAGGCCCAGUCGUUCCAGAUCGACGACUGCAACGACGACAACAAUAACGACGACGACGACGCGGAGAAUCGUAGGACGCUGGAGAAGACCGACGAGGAACGCCGAUACGAGUCCAGCUUGGGCAAAAACGAAAAACCCGAGAAACUCGGUGACGUCGGACGAGAGCCAGCCAAGAGGUCCCUCACCGCCGAGGACUUUUACGUGAAGGUGAAGCACCGGGAGCUGCUGAAGGAGGCCGGUCAGGGAGCCAAGCUCUCGGGCAUCAUCGUCGAGAUGGAGGACUUCUUCGGGGUGCCCGUGCUCAACGCCCUGUGGACCAUGAUGGCCGGCAAGCGCUACAACGUCGACGACCAGGAGCUCAUCUACCUGCAGCGGAUCUUCACCUCGCUGCUGCGCGACGUCGACAUGAUCGGCUGCCUGUUCCAGCAUUUUCCCGUGCUCAAGUAUCUCGCCCCGGACAAGUCGGGCUAUAACAACUUUCUCAAGACCCACGAAAAGGUCUGGCAGUUCAUCAAGAGAGAACUGGAAAAUCACAAGAAAACGUAUAAUCGAGACUGUCCGCGCGACCUCAUGGACGUUUAUCUGAAAGCUCUCGAGUCCGACGAAAAUCUCGACGAAACUUUUUCGGAGGCCCAACUGCUGGCCAUCUGCGUGGACCUGUUCAUAGCCGGCUCCGAGACCUCCUCCAAGGCGCUGGGCUUCGGCUUUCUCUUCCUCGUUCUCUAUCCGGAGGUGCAGCGCAAGGCGCAGGAGGAGAUCGACGCGGUGAUCGGUCGCGAUCGGCUGCCGUCGCUCAACGAUCGGCCCAACAUGACCUACUUGAACGCCGUCGUCAUGGAGUCUCUGAGGAUGUUCAUGGGUCGCACGAUGAAUGUACCGCAUCGCGCCACGAGGGAUACUCAGCUCAUGGGCUACACGAUACCCAAGGACAGCAUGAUCGUCGUGAAUUUCAACAGAAUCCUAAUGAACGACUUCUGGGGCGAUCCCGAGGUGUUCAGGCCCGAGAGGUUCAUCGACGAGACCGGAAAAAUCGUCACUCCGGAGCAGUUUGCGCCUUUUGGAAUAGGUCGGCAUCGUUGCAUGGGCGAGACCCUGGCCAAGGGCAAUCUCUUCGUCAUCACCGCGGCUCUGCUGCAAAACUUCACUUUUUCGCCAGUGCCGGGCGAGACGCCGCCGCGCAACGCCUACACGGACGGGGUUACAGCUUGCCCGGUGCCGUAUCGUGUUUUAAUGACCAAACGAGCGCACACGGUCAAUUAACAUUUUUUAUUUAUCAUUUU